AUGGCAGAAGACACCCCUUCACCGGCUGCCAAGCCCGCUAGCGAUGUGUCGCCCAGAGGAUCCUCGCCCAAGUCUCCGCCAAAGCCAACAUCAACAUCUCCAAGAGCGGGAGAGAAUCCAACAACGACAUUCGUAGCCGACACUAUUGAGCCCGACACUGACCCUGUUGGCGAGACCUCCAGUGAUGCCGGAUAUGACACAGACGCAGAUUCUCGCGCCUCGACAUCCAUCUCCAGCAGCGUGCGCGACUACGCCUUCGAGAACAGCCGGCGCUAUCACUCGUUUCAGGAGGGACGAUAUCAGUUCCCCAACGAUGAGCCGGAGCAGGAGCGCGAGAACAUGAAGCAUGCCAUGAUUAUAAAUCUGUGCAACAAGAAGCUUCAUUUUGCGCCGCUCAAGAAUCCGCAGCAGGUUCUUGACAUUGGAACCGGCACGGGCAUUUGGGCUGUUGAUAUGGGAGACCUAUACCCAGAGGCAGAGGUGCUAGGAAUCGAUUUAAGCCCCAUUCAGCCCUCGUGGGUGCCGCCUAACGUUCGUUUCUUGGUUGACGAUGCCGAGGCAGAGUGGCUUCACCCUCCAGAGACCUUUGAUUACAUUCAUAUUCGACACAUGACGUCUUCUAUUCGUGAUUGGCCAAAGUUGGUGUCACAGGCAUACAGGGUGCUUAAACCAGGUGGCUGGAUCGAACUCCAAGAAUUGCGGUUCGUUCUAGAAUGCGACGACGGCACGGUGCAGGACAAUAAUAAAGUCCUCAACUUCCUCGACAACAUCAAAAAGGGACUGGCGGCGUUCAACGUCGACUUGCUGGGAAUGCGAAAGAACAAGCAAAACGUUGAAGACGCCGGGUUCGUCAAUGUUGAGGAAAAGGUAUUGAAGGUGCCGCUGGGCGUGUGGCCGAGGGACCCAAGGAUGAAGACGAUCGGACUGUACAACAGGAGCGUAAUUUACGACGGCCUUCACGGUAUUGCAAUGGGACCUUUGACACGGGGUUUGAAGUGGACGCCGGAGGAGGUAGAGCUCUACCUGGUCGGGGUACGAAAAACCUUGAUGACCAGCAACCAGCACGGAUACAUACCAUUCCACAUUGUCACAGCUCAGAAGCCGUUGUGA